UCCCAUCACACCGCGGGGGCCGCGCCGAGCGCUCGCUGAUUGGUGGUUCCCCCCGCCGGCAGUCCGCUGGGAAGCGCUAACCGGAAGCGGCGGCGGCGGUUGCCAUGGAGACCGCGGCCUAGCGGGGACCGCCAUGUCCUUUAAGCGCGACGAGAGCGACCCGGGGCCGCUCGGGGCGCUGCAGAGGCGCCGCGUGGCCGAGCUGCUGGCCAGCGCCAUCCCCGAGGACGAGGCGCUGCUGCUGCGCGAUGGCAGGCUGGCGUGCUCGCUGUGUCCCCAGCGGCCCGUGUGUGACACUCUGCAGACGCUGCUGCUGCACCGGGCGGGCAGGAAGCACCUGGACAACCUGCAGCGUUCCUUCGGGCGGCACCGCUGGCCCCAGGUGGCCCCGCAGGGACCCCAGGUGACCCCGCAGGAGGCCCCGGGCGUGGCCCCAGGUGUGCAGGCGCCGCUGCUGGCCCGGACGCGGCGCCUGGCCCGGAGCGCGCUGCUGAGAGCGGCCCCGUACAGCGGCUGCUGCCGGAGAGCCCCGUCGAAGGGCGGCAGCUCCCGGGCCGGGAUCCCCGGGGUGAUCCCAAAGAAUUCCCAGAGGCCGCCGGAGCCGUCCCGGAACCCCGGGAAUGCCGGGAAUGCCGGGAAUGCCGAAACCCCCGGCCCCGCACACAGAGAGGGCGAUCCCAAGGACGGGAAGAGGGGAAGGAGAGGAAAUUCCCAAAGCUGCGAGGGGCCGAGCCCGGAGCGGCUGCGGAUCCUGCGGCACCACCUGCACCUGCGCAGAAAUGCCCAGAGGGAUUCCCAGAGCUGCCCCGGUUCCCCCCCCUCCCAGAACGGAAUAUUUAUGAAUAUUUAA